UGGGCGCACCGUUUGAGUACACCAUCAUGUCCAACAAUAUGGACGACAUAUCAAAACUCCGCGACACCUCAGACGACGCUGUACUGAGCUAUCUCAGAGAUCGCUUCCUAGGAGAUCAGAUAUACACCAGGCUAGGGACAUCUUCUAUCGUGGCAUUGAAUCCGCUUAAAUAUAUCCCUUUAAACUCUGAUAAAGUGCUGCAUGAUUACGCUUUAGAAUAUAGACAGACAGACAAACACGUAAGAUUGGGACCACAUAUAUUCCAAUUAGCUGCAGAUGCCUACUAUUACAUGCGUAGGUCUUCAAAGGACAACAAUAUCAUCCUCAACGGUGAAACUGGCUCAGGUAAAUCUGAGUUGAGGAGGCUAGCUACUCGUACUAUCAUUGAUUUAUCCCUCCCACCACCAGGAAAGAAAGGACACAAGCUUGGUGAUCAAAUUCCCUCAGCUGAGUUUGUCUUAGAAGCUUUCGGUAAUGCGAAAACGCUGCACAAUCCAAAUGCAUCCCGCUUCGGUAAAUACACAGAGUUGCAGUUCUCAGAUCGCGGGAGGUUGUACGGUGCCAAAACACUCGAGUACUACUUCGAACGUUCAAGAGUGGUCAGUCCACCUCCAGGAGAGCGCAACUACCACAUUUUCUACUAUCUCACUGCAGGUGCUAGUGAUGAGGAACGCCAGUAUUUAAAACUUCAAGACGUUGGUGCUUAUCGCUAUACUUCUGGUGCUAUCAGAAGACGUAGUGGUCCACUUGUUGGCGCUAAAAACGGAGAGGAUGCAGCACGUUUCAGUCAACUAAAGAAUGCUUUCAAGUCUGCUGGCUUCUCAAAGCGUCACGUAGCACAAAUUUGUCAGCUCGUCACUGCCAUUUUGCACCUCGGUAACUUAGAAUUCACAAUCGACCAUUCAAGAAACGCAGAUGCAGCGGUAGUAAAGAACGUAGAAGUACUUGAUAUAGUUUCAGAGUUUUUAGGCAUACAUCCAGACUCCCUCGAAGGUGUCCUUUCUUAUCGUACCAAACUCGUUAAAAAGGAUGUAUGUACUGUAUUCUUGGAUGUAGACGGAGCAGCCGCCAAUCGUGAUGAUCUUGCCCGCUCUCUUUACUCGCUUCUUUUCAGCUGGAUCAUCGAACACAUCAAUCAACAUCUUUGCAAAGACGACUUCUCAACUUAUAUUUCUUUCCUCGAUUUACCUGGUUUCCAAAAUGUGCCAAGUACUGGUCAUCGCGGUAAUUCUGUCGAUCAAUUCUGCGUCAACUACCUCAAUGAGCGUCUACAGAAUUGGAUUUUUGAGCACGUCUUUACGCGCCCGUAUGAGGAGCACAAGCUUGAGGGUAUAAGUAAGAUCAGUCCACCGGUUUCAUUCUCAGAAUAUGACAAUGCCGAUGUUCUACGUCUUCUAGGCGCGAAGCAAGGUGGUUUAAUCCACAUUAUGGAUGACCAAGCUAAGCGUGCACCAAAGAAGAACGACAACACAAUGGUAGAGGCGUUCAAUAAGCGUUGGGGUAACAACUCUAAGUUUAAGACCUCCUCACCAGAUCGCUCAGGUUAUCCAACUUUCUCGAUCAAUCAUUAUGCCGGUACUGUUACCUACUCAGCUGAAAACUGGAUAGAGAAGAACACGGAAAAUCUCAACCCAGAUUUCGUGUCACUUUUCAAGGGUGGUGUUGCAAAUGACAAAACGACAAAUGGCUCGGAGAAUCCAUUUAUCAAGUCGCUUUUUACUUCGAAUGCAAUCAACACUCAAUUUCAUCCAAAAUCUGAGACAACAUUGGUAGCAGCCCAGCAAUCGGUUGGACCGAUGCGUAAGCCAUCCACCAGACGUACCGGCCCUUCUAUGAGACGCAGAAAUAAUGAUACAGAUUUGGGCGAUAUGCCUGAGGACGACGUUCUUGAUCAGCAAAAUCCAUCCAAUACCAAUACAUGCGUAGCGACUGAAUUUAGGAAUGCUGCUGAUGUUCUUUUCGAUACUCUCGAAGAUUGCUAUCCAUGGUAUGUAUUCUGUUUGUCGCCGAAUGAUGCUCAGCUUCCAAAUCAACUGGAAGCACGUCAUUUGAAAGCUCAGAUCCGUGCUUCGGGUAUUCCUGCCGUAGCUAGGAGAGCGGCUGUAGCUGAAUGGGCUAUCAACAUGACGCAUGAUGAGUUUGUUGAAAGUUAUAGUGAUGAACUCAACGAAAUGGAGAUUAUGCAGGGUGAUGCAGUGACAAAGAUCAUCAAUAUGCGCGAGAAAAUGUCUUGGACAGAGCGCGAUCUGACCAUCGGUUCUAAUAAGGUAUUCAUCACCCAUGAUGUUUUCAGACAUCUGGAAGAUCAUAUACGUUCAUAUGACGAGCAGGAGCAGCGUCAGUUCAACAAAUAUCAGAAGUCAGAGGCGGACUACAUCUCAGCGCCAGAUCCAUUCGGUCCAUACGCCACUCUAGGCGAGGAGUCACCAUCAACACCAACAAGUGAGUUGAUGAACGAUCCAUUUGCCAGUCGUGAUCAUGAUGUCUCUACUGUGGCACUACCACUGGUUACAAACUCACCAAGAGAUAUGCCAGACGAUGAAAGCGUAGAUAGAAAAUCAUUCAAGUCAUACGGUUAUAACGAUAGCGAUGGUUACAGGCAAUCAAAAUACGAAGGCUAUGAUACCCCAAGUCAAAUUGGUACAGAGAUGUAUGCACCAUCUCAAAAUAUGUUCUCAAAUAUGGAUCUCAAAGAGAGAGACCGGAUGCUGAAUGAAAAAGACAUGUUUGAAGUCGAACAAGAAACACAAGAGGAAGUCAAAGAGUCGGCAGUUAGGAAGAGAUGGGUGGCGUUCUGCUGGUUGUUGACAUGGUGGGUGCCUUCCCCGUUCCUCAAAUGGUUCGGUAGAAUGAAAAGACAGGAUGUCAGACAAGCCUGGAGGGAGAAGCUUGCCAUCAAUAUAAUUAUAUGGUUCGUCUGUGCUUGCGCUAUCUUCGUCAUCGCUAUUCUCGGUCCGGUUAUCUGUCCAACUCAGCGUGUUUACUCUCAGAACGAAAUCUCAAGUCAUACUCAUCAAUCGCAACCUGACCACACGUUUGUCAGUAUUCGCGGUGAAGUUAUGGAUCUUACGAAGUUGUAUGGUGCUCAUCAUGGCGCUGUUCCAAUCAUCGAUGAUAAAGAAUUCUGGAAUUAUGGAGGCAAAGACGUCUCCAAUCUUUUGCCAGUGCAGGUGUCAGCGCUUUGUAAUGGUAUUGAUGGCUCAGUUGAUCCACUCGUUGGACUCGAUGCAUCAAAUACCAGUUCAUCGGAACCUAAUGCUCACUAUCACGACUUUAGGGCAUGGACGAAUGACUCUCGACCAGAUUGGUACUACGAACAGAUGGUCAUCAUGCGCUACAACUACCGUGUCGGCCACGUCGGUUUGACUGACAAGGAAGUAUCAAAAAUGGCUGACGAUUCCAGUAAUGUUGCAAUAAUAAACGGAAGUGUGUAUGAUAUGACACCUUAUAUCACUUUUGAUGGCGGGUUCCCAGGUCAUGGUGACAACGAGGUUGCGCCAUCCGGAAUUGAUACGCACUUCAUGCAUGAUGCAAUCGUACAGAUAUUUGAACAGAAUUCAGGAGAGGAUGUCACGAAAUAUAUACAAGAUCUUGACCUGGAUCCUACAGUCCUCAGUCGUCAGAUGGGAUGUUUGAGAAAUCUCUUCUUUGUUGGUAAAGUUGAUAAGAGGAAUUCGCCGGCGUGUAAAUUCUCGAACUAUAUUUUACUUGCAUUAUCGAUAUUUAUGAUUGUUAUCAUCGGUUUCAAGUUCUUGGCUGCUAUCAGCUUUGGUAGGGGAAGAAAACCAGAAGAGCAUGAUAAAUUUGUUAUUAUGCAGGUACCAGCAUACACGGAAGGCGAAGAAUCUCUUCGCAGGACGAUUGAUUCGCUCGCCUGUCUUCGUUAUGAUGACAAGCGUAAACUUAUCUUUGUUAUUUGCGAUGGUAACAUUAUCGGAAGUGGUAACGAUCGUACCACCCCUCGUAUUGUACUCGAUAUUCUUGGUGCAGAUCCAAACUAUGACCCCGAACCACUCAGUUUCCACUCAAUUGGUGAAGGUAACAAGCAACACAACAUGGGUAAAAUCUACAGUGGUCUUUAUGAAUGUCGCGGUCACGUCGUGCCAUACAUUGUGCUUGCCAAGGUUGGUAAGCCGACUGAGCGCAGCAGGCCAGGUAACAGAGGUAAACGUGAUUCUCAAUUGGCUUUGAUGUGGUUCCUAAACAAGGUACACUUCGAUGCGCCUAUGAACCCGCUUGAAUUAGAGAUAUACCAUCAGAUCAAGAACGUUAUAGGUGUCAAUCCAAAUUUCUACGAGUACAUGUUAGCUGUCGAUGCUGAUACUAUGGUCGAGCCCGAUUCACUGUCUAUGUACAUAUCAUCUUUCAUUAGGGACAAGAAGAUUUUAGCGCUUUGCGGUGAAACAUCCCUCGCGAAUGCCAAACAAUCGAUCGUUACAAUGGCCCAGGUUUACGAAUAUUAUAUUUCUCACUAUCUUACCAAGGCUUUCGAAUCUCUUUUCGGUUCUAUAACUUGUCUGCCGGGUUGUUUCUCAAUUUAUAGGCUUCGUACAACCGACACACAUAGACCACUUUUCAUUGCUUCAGAGGUUAUCGACGAGUAUAGUGAAAACGUGGUUAACACACUUCAUCUAAAGAACCUUUUGCAUCUCGGUGAGGAUCGUUACUUGACCACUAUUCUGUUGAAGCAUUUCCCACUUUUCAAGACUAAAUUCACGGCAGAUGCCCGCGCCCAGACGGUCGCACCUGAUGAUAUCAAGGUCUUGCUCUCCCAGAGACGUAGAUGGAUCAACUCAACAGUGCAUAACCUUGCUGAACUUCUGUUCUUGGAUAGACUAUGUGGUUUCUGUUGUUUCUCUAUGAGAUUCAUUGUCUUUAUCGAUCUCUUAUCGACCAUCAUAGCACCAGUUACUGUCGUUUAUAUCGUUUAUCUCAUUUAUUUGGCAGCCGCUGAGGGCAAGACUAUACCGACAACUUCUAUCAUUAUGCUUUGCGCAAUCUAUGGUCUUCAAGCACUUAUUUUCUUGAUGCAUCGUAAAUGGGAGCAAAUUGGUUGGAUGAUCGUAUAUAUUUGCGCCAUUCCGCUGUUUUCAUUCUUCUUACCGCUCUAUUCGUUCUGGCAUUUCGACGACUUCUCUUGGGGUUCAACACACGUUAUCACGGGAGAGAAAGGCCGAAAAAUGCUUAUACACGAUGAAGGGCAUUUCGAUCCGAAGAAUAUACCGCUUAAAACUUGGGCAGAGUAUGAAGCUGAGCUUUGGGAACAGGGUGACGAUAUUUAUGAAUUCCAAAAGGGUUCAAGGCCACCGUCGCCAACAAAUACAGUGAGCAUAUACGGACCUCAAUCGAUGUACGGCGGUUUGGAUCAGACGGGAGUUCCACGGUCUGCAUCUGCUCAUCAAAGCAUGUAUAGGCAAUCGGCCAUGCCAUCCCAGUAUUUCAGUGGUUACAAUGCACCAUCUAUGUAUUCCUUAGCUCCGCAACAAUAUCCACAGUCGCAGCAAGCGUGGGCAAGCGGCUUCUACGGUGGCUACGAUCCACGGAUGUCGAUGAAUUUCUCCCAAGGAUACAUGCCACAACCAACCCAUUCUGCUACUCAUAUACCAGAAGACAGUCGAUAUAGCAGUAGUAGCGGUCUCAUCCAGUCACCGUCAUCACAGGAAAUAGAAACUGAAGUCAGAGAUAUAAUAGGAAGGGCAGAUUUGGAUAAUAUUACGAAGAAAUCAAUUAGGCAGGACCUCGCUGAUAAGUAUGGCAAUGAAGCUAUAAAUGGACGCAGGGCGGAGAUUAACGCAAUCAUUGACGAUAUUCUCACAUCUAUUUAAAGGUUAAAUUAUAAAGUUAUUAAAGCAUUAUUUAUGGACAAUCUAAUAAACAACAACAAAACAAAUUUCUCACGCACAACUUU